AUCCGGUUAAACUGAUUUUGAGAGAAUGUUGGGAAUAUGAGUGCAGGGAAAUUACAAGCUUUGGUUGGUUAGUAAGGAAGGAGGUGGAUAAGUUGGAGCCGAAAAACCAUGAAAUUGCUCCUUCUGUGGCUCUACCAGCAAUUCCACCUUGGUUGUUUCAUAACCCUGUGAUAGAUCUACGAGUUACGAAGUUAUUGAGUAAUCUGGGGAAGAAUGUGCCAAUUGAACUAAUAGUUCAGCAGUACAUCACUCGAGAAUAUGAUGAUGCACUGCAGGUAUUUACGGACGGCUCUAAAGACCCAGAAUCUGAAAGGACUGCAGCAGCAGUAUAUAUCCCUGCUUUUGAGAAAAAGAUCGCAAAAAGACUUUCAGAUCAGGUGUCUGUUUUUGCUACAGAACUUUUAGCAAUCAUACUAGCCCUACAGUGGAUAGAAGAAGUAGAACCAGAAAGAACGGUGAUCUGCAGUGACUCGAUGGCAGCCCUCACUAGUUUAAGAAGUGGUAAAUCCGAAUCUAGGCAAGACUUAAUAUUAGAAAUUUUACAAAGUCUGUUUAGAAUUAGGCAGCUAAGGGUGGAGGUAAAUUUUCUGUGGGUACCUGCUCAUGUUGGUGUGGGUGGUAAUGAAAUGGUGGACAUGCUAGCGAAGAACGCGCUGAAUCAUUCCCUGAUAGACAUCAAUGUAGCGUUGAGUAGAGCUGAAUUCAAGGCAGUGAUCUCAUCUGAAGUGGGUAAAAGAUGGCAGGAAGUAUGGAACAGUGGGACUAAUGGAAGACAUCUUUUCCUGAUCCAGGAGACUGUUGGGAAAGAGAGGAAAAGAUUGGGAAAUAGGAGGAAGGAUGUUAUCGUCACACGGCUAAGAAUUGGACACGCUGCAUUAAACAGUGAUCUCUUUAGAAUAGGUAAGCAUGAAUCGGGGAAAUGUGACAAGUGUGGGGAACCGGAAACAGUGAGACACAUUUUGUAUAAGUGUCCUGCAUAUGAAAGGGACAGGUUCCAGCUGAUCCAGGAAUUAGGGUUAAUAGGAGUGGGCAAUAUCUCUUUGAAGUGUUCGCUCCACACUCCAGAUCAGUAGGUGGCGAUAAAUGCACCUUUCGUUGGUCUGCCAAACCGCCAUAAAACACCACGAGAAGAAGAAGAAUGAAGGAAAACCAAACAAACAACAAUAAGAAGAAGGAGAUGGAGGAGGAGGAGAAGAAGGAAAUAGAACAAGGAGAAGAAUAAUAAGAACACCAAUUAUAUUUAAGAGGCAGAAGAAAGAGGAGGAUACAAUUAUACUCAGAAGGUCAAUAAUUAGAAGAAGAAGGAGAAGAAAGGAAGAAGAAGGAGAAGCAGGAAGAGGAAAUAGAAGAAGUACUAAUAGCGCUGAGGGUGCACUUUUGUUUUCAUUUCAGUAUGGCUUUGUUCGGGAGAAAGCUACUGGCAGUUGGACGCUGUGCAGUUGUCUUGCUGAGCGCUGCCAACAGAGCACGACAGAUACUCCCAUCAGUCGUCAGGAGGAACUGGAUUUCAGUCGGCAUCUCUGGUGGUCUGUGUGCUGUUCCCUUUGUACAGGACAGUGUGACCCAUGAAACCUUAAUUCGUAGAGCCUCAUCUUUGGUGACCAACAGUGCCAAUUCUUUUCUGUCUCAAACCACCCUGGCACUAGUGGACUCACUUACUCAGUAUACUAAGACAGUGCACACCCUUAUAUCUCUACACAAGAGCUACGUGAAGAAUAUCAACAAACUAACUCCUGCUGAUGAGAACGCAGUAUGGCAGGUGAUCGUUAAGAAGCGGGAGGAGAUUAUCAAAUAUCGGGGAGACUGCAAAGAGUUUGAAAAACGAUGGAUAAACGCAAUUAACUUGUCACAGCUGGCAGCCGAAGCAGCUUUUGACGCAGGAGCCGAUCAGGCUUCGGCCACAGUACACACAAACCUGCAGAUAGCACAGACUCAUGUAGAGCAUGCUCGACAGCGCUUCCUUGAGGCAGAUCAGAAACUAAAAGACAGCGAUGCAGAGUACAGCCAGAGGCCCCAGAGCACUGCACCAGCAGAGAACGAGGAGGAAAUCCCCGAGGCAUAUCUGAGAGAGGACUAGUGACGAAUAGCGUUUUAUGAAACACAUGCACUGUUCAUCUCCACCACUCCAAUCACAAGUGCUCUUUCUUUGUAUACAAUAGUGCACAUUGGUUUGUUUCUUUCCUUCUUUCCUUCUUUCUUUCUUUCUUUCUUUCUUUCUUUCUUUCUUAUAACUGUCUAUUGAACAAUAAAAUAUUGCACAAUGAGAGUAUAAAAUACAACAGUCAAGAGAAACACCAGUAAAGAGCACAGUAAGCAAGCCAUUCCUAGGCACAUUGCUUAGAUUGGUAUUCGUUCUUAAUGGUUUGUUUUAGAGAUGCAGUUCCUGUAUAGUCUCUAAUAAUAAAAGUGCAGUUCAUAGUUUUUGUAAUUGUGUAAUAUUUAUGCAAAAAAAACCCAUAAGAUGUGAUUUGCAGUAUUGCCAUACACUUUUUUUCUCUAUCCCUUACUUUUUAAAGUAUAUGUAGUUGUGGGAAAGUAGAAGCCAGGACACAGCAGGAAAGGGCUCAAAUAUUUAGAAACUGCUCCUUUACUUUGUAAGUCUAUACUUAACAAUUUAUACUGUAGUGUUAACUGAAGCUUUAUUCCCUUUAGAAUUUACACACACACACACAAACACAUAGAUGUAUGUGAUUCUUGAUGAUUUGCUUCAUGCAAUAAUCAGAAAAUGUGAUUUAUAUGUUUUUGUUUACAUUUAUAUUUAAAUGUAAAUACAGGCCAAGGGGGAAAUCAAGUUGCUGAUCUGUUGACUGAUGUUUGUUGAGUAACAUGAUUCUGUGUGCUAAUAAGUGAACAUGUUCUGAAUUGUGUGAAUAUGUGAAUUGUCAUUGAAUUUACACUUUGCAUGUUUAAACGUUUUUAACAUUUGUGAGUGAAACAGCUGAACAAUGAACAGUGGUCUGUCAUUUAUUUGCAGUGUAAUAUUUUAUGACUUGUAAUAUAAAAUUAGUCAUUGGUUA